AAUUUCUGCGACAGCUACGGAGUUGGUACAGCCAUCUUCAACAAUUCAUACAUUCCUCCAUCGGCCCCGUCUUGCGUCACCUAUGCCGACAAUGACAGCCGGCAAACUCAACGAGGUGAAGUCGAAAUUAGGACUCUCCUGAGUCGAGAUAAUGCGCCCCGGGUAUAUUUGCAUGUCCUGCCUAUCGAGGCUACGCCAACGUCCACGUCCCCCCCCCCGAUUCUCAACCCAUGCCCAGCUCCUCCAACUUCCGUCAACGGCCCUACAACGACAGGCUACCGAGCUACAAAGCUAUGGUCCUAUGCACUUGGAGUGUAGGGCGCGGACAAAGAGGGGGAUAUCAAACCUUGCCGGCCCGUCGUCGAAUGGCACCCAGUUCACUCGGUCUCUAUCGAACAAACGGCUCCCUCCUAACGAGCCGACGGACUCACGGGAAAGUAGCGUGAGUACCCCCAAAACAGAAUCUCGAGUCAAAUUCGCAUCAACAACACCUCGGCGAAAUCAUGGACUCCCAGAAAUGGACCAGCGAGAGAGAAAAGCGUUUGCGCAAUGGAGAGCUGCCGUCCGCCGUGGCCUUCUUGAGGAAGUCAACCAACCGAAUUGGAAGCCUUCCCCGGAACGUGCUCCGCCAGUACUGCGACAGUUUCUUCAUCGCAAUAAUGUUCAAGAGAUGGAAACUUCUUGGCAGGACCGCCUGCUCGUCCGCCGUAAAAAGGUCUGGCCCUUUCUUAUGAGAACCGCCUUGGAAUGUUGCCCGGACAGAGCUCGGGUGGUUUUGGAGGCGACGCUGGCACCCCUCCCUCCUGGGUAUGCCGCUCAGGAUGUGAUAGCGUUCCUAGCCCUCUGGCAGCGGUCACUUCCGCCGGAGGAGGCAGCGCUCCAUGGUGAUGCUCUGAUCGACCUCGUGGUACGCUUGUUGCCAUUGUACUACAACCGCUACGACACGCGCUUCGUCCUCCACCAGCACACCAUCUACCACCUCAUACGGGGCACCGAGCAGACCGCGAAGGUUGAGGAGUUGUACAACUGCCUCGUCAUUCAUGACCACGAACUUCAUCCCAACACAUUGUUGCAAUUUGCCAGCCGCUUCGCCCAGGACCCCGAGCGCAAAGAAGUGGCCAUACGCAUGGUCCUGGCCAUGGUCGACUCUGGAGGUGCUCAACUGACACCGGGGCCAUGGGCGAGAUUAUGCACCACUAUACUGUCCUUCGACCCCGACUAUGUCCCUGGGGAGCAGCGGGCUACCCUGAUAUCGUCCACCACAACAGCUUUGGAAGACUUCGUCGAGCGCGGCCUGGUUCCGGACAUAAUCCACUUCACUUCUCUCAUCCGAACACUAUGCAUCUUCGGGGAAUUGCGCACUGCAUGGCACGUCCUUGCCAUCAUGCGGACCUACGAUAUUAAACCCGACGCGGUUCUGAUGUGCACUUUGCUCCAAGGAGCUCAGGGACGUUAUCUCUCCCAGAACAAAAUCGACCUAAUCACGUCGCUCGCCGUCGAACAUCAGGCCAUCAAUGUCCCUUUCUUCAAUAUCCUGCUUUCGAACAUUUUGGCCUGCUCCAUCACCGCCUUGCGGCGGUCAACACCACCACGGCGGCGAUUGCCAAGACGGAUCACCUCGCCUCCCCAACCGAUACCCGCCUUUAAACCCAUGUUAUAUUUCUACUGUAAAAUAUUCCCGCUCGAACCACUGCAGCAUUUGAUACCCAUUGACCUGGCGGCGUUGGCCAAGGCCUCCCUCCCGGUGAUGUCGGGCUCCACCUGGAAACCCGUCGUUCGACUUUUCCCCCUGCUUGUGGACACGUCGGCCCUCGUCACGGAAAAGCAACCCCCGACAGGCGCGACGCUGGCGGUCAUGUAUCUGUCCUACGUAAAGAGCUUGUCGGAGGCCUCGAGUGUCCUUUCUCUAUACUCAUACUUGUCCCGGCUUAUACGGAAGGGCGACCCUAUCAUCACGAGAUUCAUGGCCGAAAAGAAUACGAUGCUGCACGAUGCGAUUAUCAAGCGGCUUGCCGAGUUCCCCCAUAUGCUCCGUGCCGCUUUGGAUGUCUUCGGGGACAUGCUCAAAAGCGACAAGGCUGGGGAGGGCAAACCUAACACCGGAGGGAAACCUGCGCGCUCCCAUCCGUCCCCGAGUGUGUACACAUGGAACAUUGUCAUGCAUGCAUGCAUGCGUCACGGCCAGGCCGAGUCUGGCGAACGAAUCCUACACAUGAUGAGACAGCACGGGGUCAGUCCAAACGUCGUCACUUGGAGUACCCUACUCGGUGAAGACUCCCCCAGCGAAGGGAACAAGGCGCAGGAUGCCAUCUCUUCGUCUUUGUUGGCGGAAGAGGAACCACCGCAAGCUGAACCAUUGGACGAGGAUGGGGAUGGUCAUGCGGACGAGCUGGCGCAAAGCAAUGUAGACCAUGGUCCCGUCGCCGGCAAUCGGCCGAAGGAAGAUCCGUUUGCUCGUCUGGUAGACCAUAGUCUUACCGCUAGGAACCGGCCGAGGGAAGAUCCGUAUUCACAUGAUUGGAGAAUUGCGAAGCCCGCUUCUGUUGUCUGAACGAUAUAUACGGGCUGCGACUUGCCUCCAAUUCGAUAGCAUAUACCCAUUCGAUACACUCACCCUAUCUCCUGGGGAUCAACCGAACAUAUAGAAACAUCAC